GCCGCGCAGCACUGGGACUCGCGCCCACACCGCAGCCCAGCCUGCCUGCUCCGCGCUCGCCUGCCCGUCUGCCCGCCGGCCCGGCCCGUGCGCCCUCGCUGCCGCUGGUCUGCGCCCCUCGACCCCGCCGGCACCAUGCACCUCUCGCAGCUGCUGGCCUGCGCCCUGCUGCUCACGCUACUCUCGCUCCGGCCUUCCGAAGCCAAGCCCGGGGCGCCGCCGAAGGUCCCGCGAACUCCGCCCGGGGAGGAGCUGGCCGAGCCCCAGGCUGCGGGGGGCGGUCAGAAGAAGGGCGACAAAACUCCCGGGGGCGGCGGCGCCAACCUCAAGGGCGACCGGUCGCGACUGCUCCGGGACCUGCGCGUGGACACCAAGCCGCGGGCCGCGUGGGUGCGCCUCCUGCAUGAGCACCCCAACGCGCGCAAAUACAAAGGAGGCAACAAGAAGGGUUUGUCCAAGGGCUGCUUCGGCCUCAAGCUGGACCGGAUCGGCUCCAUGAGCGGCUUGGGAUGUUAGUGCGGCGACCCCUGGCGGCGGAUCGGGAACUUGCUCCGUUUUGCUGAGGUCAUUCUUGGUCAUCAGCCUCACAGCAUCUGGAAGCACCUCCAACGCAAUGUGGCUUUUACAUUUCUUUUUUUUUUCCUGGUACUGGGAAUACACAACACCAGCUGUUUUAUUAUUAUUUGGGAAGGGGGAUAUGAUUUUCUUGUUUGGGUUUUUUUUUGAAAAUGAAAAAAUAAAAAGUUAUAUAUUAUAUAUAUAUUAUAUACAUGCAACACACACCUACACGAACGUGAUGACAAGGGACAGUUUUUAAGAGACUGACAAGACCAGCUGUAAAACAUUGCUGUUUGUAAAUUCAUGUCAUGCAUAAAUGUAUUUAUGUUGUAAAGCUAUUUAUAUUGUUUAUAAAGAGAUAUUUAUAAAAAUUUUAUUUAUGUAACUAAAUGAAAGAAGUCAAUCAUUGUAAUGUUUUUGUCUUAACUAGUGGAAAAAUGUAAAAAAAAGUCAUUCCAUGAA